AUGUGGCGGGCGAACAUUCUAUGGGUACUUGGAGUACCUGCAUUAGUACGUGCUGCUACGUACCCACUCAUCGAGAGUUGGUCAGGUAACGGGUUCAUGAAUGGGUUCAAAUAUCCAGUGGAGACAUAUGACAAUACUACCAAUGGAGAUGUCUUCUGGGCCACGGCGGCAAAUACAAGCUUGAUAUAUGUCACAAGUGCAGGUACAGUAGUCUUAAAAGUUGACAAUACCACUGUGGUCCCUUAUAAUGAGAAACGGUACACGCCCAAAUUAUUGAGUAAGACACAAUACGCGGCGGGUACGGUGUUUGUGAUGGAUUUGAUACAUAUGCCAUAUGGUUGUAGUGUAUGGCCGGCUCUUUGGACUCAAGGCAACGACUGGCCUAAGGGAGGCGAAAUAGACAUCAUGGAAGGCAUCAACCAACAAACCACUAAUCAAAUUGCCCUUCACACCAAUACAUCCACUUGUACCCAGUCAUCUUCCACUUCAUUCUCAGGAACAGCAGGAUGGAAUGAUUGUUCCAUCGAAACUAACAACGACUCCGGGUGUAUUGUAAAUGAUACACGGACAGAUUCUUAUGGUGCUGCUUUUGCUCAAGCGGGUGGCGGAGUUUUCAUCGCGGAAUUUAGUGAUGAUGCGAUCUCGGUUUGGUUCUUGACACGCUCGGAUGUUCCGUCAAAUCUGUCAGUAUCGAGUAAUUCUAUUGAUACUUCUACGUUGGGUGAAGCUGCCGCCAUCUACUCAUCUUCCACCUGCUCCAUUAGCAAUAACUUUUCUCCUCAAACUUUAACAAUUGACAUUACCCUCUGUGGCGCUUGGGCAGGUCUAGCCAGCGUUUUAGAGCAGACAUGUCCGCCAUUGUCAGGAACAGCAACUUGCUACACAACCUACGUAAUCAAUCAAGACCCAGGAACCACAUACGCCAACGCUUACUUCGAGUUCAACUAUAUCAACAUUUUCUCUUCCUCUGGAAACUCAUCAAUCUCCGCUUCGAAAUCAGGAAGCGGUGCGACGUCGACCAUCACCGCAGGAGCCGGAACGUCUUCGUCCGGCAGCACGAGUGGUACUGGUCGACUGACAUGGUCGGGUUUGGGGAUGUUCUUAACAGGUGUGAUGGGUUAUGUUUUGGUACGAUGA